GAACCAAUGGAAGCAACGAAGCCCACCAACCCCCCGGCGCUUCCGCGCAGAACCGGUGGCAGUUGCCAGAUGCCCUGCCGCCAUGCAAAAUGUACGCCUGGCUGAGGCGCUUGGGCGCGCUGGCGCUGUGCUCCGUGAGCUUCGUCAACCCCUUCAAGGUUCUGGGGCUCCAGACCACUGCGGGCAAGGAGGAGAUCCGCUCUGCCUUCCGGCGCUUGGCAAAGGAGCAGCACCCAGACGUGGAAAGCGGCGAUGCCGCGCGCUUUCGGCAACUUCUUUGGGCCUCAGAGGAGCUGUCCAGCGAGGAAGGCCGCACCAAAUGGGCCAGGAAGAUGUCCUUCGAGGAGAAACCCUUCGAGGAGUACGAAAGCUUAGACCCGGAGACAUUCAACCUCGACGUUGACAUCCGGAAGCCGAAGAAGAAGAAGAAGCAGUCCUUCAAGGAGUCCGGCCGCCGCUGGGCGGAGCGGAAGAUGAGAGCCUCCGGGCGCAUGUCUGCGGUGCCGGAGAACUCGGCCAAGGUGAAGGGGCAGCGCAGAAGGCGAAGUCCCCACCGCCCGGUCCGCCUGGGUUUUCUGUUCGCCGCCUCACCGCGGCGUCUUUGGCUGAGGGAGCGGGAGGCGGAGCCGGAGAGCCACAGAGACCGCAGCCGCUACAAGAAGCGACGGAAGGGACGGAGGGAAGUGUAGCGCCAGCCGGCCUGGGGUCGAAUUGCCGGAGGGGGCCGUCCCUCAAUCGGGGAAGGCCCUAAGAAUCGCCACCUGGAUUCUUGGUUCUUGAUUCUGGGGGUGGCUCAGGUCUUGAGAAACGUGGACAUGACUUAGCCACCCAGCCAAAGAUUUAACAAGCGGCCUUAUGGGCCGCAACCCUUCCUUCAGUUUCACGCCUGCUGGCGUGCCGACCGUGCCGACCGAAGAAUAGGAGAGGACAAGACAUAGAUGUCUCCGGGGGGCCCACCAGCGACUACUAGUGAGCUCCCAAGUGACUCGAUCCAUUUCAUUGAAGGGCAAGACUAUGCAGGUGCCCCCUUUGAUUGCUUAAGGCGCAGGGGGACCUGGAUGGUGUUUUCUUCCCCUGUUUCGGCUUUCGGGCCUGCCUUGGUGCUUCUUCGCAUGGCGGCAAGUGCG